AUGGACUCAACGCCUCUUAUCCGCCUGGAUUAUACUCUUUAUGACCUUUACUCCAUGGAUAGCGAGGGCUGGACAAACAUUACCCUGGUAUACUCAUUUAUGCACGAGUCGGCGGUGAAAUUUACAUACCAGUAUGAGUUGCAGGGGAUGCACAAGGCGGCCCAGCCCUCUGGCAUACUCGAGAUGAAGCUUAGGCCUCAGCGACAUGGAUUUAUCGCUGGCAAGAUGCCUCUAGCUAUCCUAGAGGCUGACUCCCAGUGCAACGACCAAGCUCUAGAUACACUCCGCGCGGACCACGCUGAUGUCUUUCGAAAUUUUGCCCAGUUAUCUUUUGAUCAACAGCCAGUUGUGAGCUUUGCGACAAGUUCAAAAAGUAUACCUGUAGAGCCAGGCGCUCAUAUUGCAGUAAUGUUUCCUUCAGACUGCGUUCUGCACUUACAACAUCUCGUCGACCCUGAGAUUCACUAUGAGCUACUGUCCAAACCUGGUUUGGCUAUGUCAGGACUGCCAACGCCGCCAUCAAAGGUUAUUGACACUGUUCUCACUCCACAUGAGGUACACGAUCAGGACCUACUCAGGGGUGAAAUUUCCAGAAUCACCCAGCUACUCGACAAUCACGAAUUGCCAUUUGUUCUAAAGCUCCCCCAAUCAGCCUCUGGGCUAGGCGUCUUUAAGGUCUUAACAGACGCCCAAAGAACAGAUGCCAAGGCAAUACUCGCAGCGCAGCUCGGCCGGAUGCUCCAGAAGAUUAACGAAUCAAAUCAUCAUAUGCGUCCAUGUUCUUUGGUGAUUCAGGACUUCAUUCAAGGCACAACAAUGGGCCUAUCUCUUUUUGUAACAAAGAAGGGGCGGCCCAUCUUUAUAGCGUGCUGUGAUCAGCAAUUGGACGAACAUGGGCACUGGAUUGGUAGUUCAAUCUCUUACAAGCGGCAACCGGAGCUUAAGGAAACCUAUCGCGACAUAUCGGAGAAGAUCGCCGCUUUCCUGCAUGCGAAAGGCUAUUAUGGCCCGGUUGGGGUAGAUAUAAUAACAAAUGUGUAUGGAAACCAGUACAUCGUCGACCUCAACGCCCGUGUCACUGGCAGUUACCACUUAGGACCGCUCGCGGGACACUUUCUUCAGCGCGGCCUGCUGGAGGUUACUUUCAUGCAGGCCAGUUUCCUUUAUUCUAGGGCCGCAUUUGAAGCGGCUUUCUCGGACGAACUCCAGAGGGGCACCUUGGUAAUCUGCGGCUGGGCACACGCCCAGUCGAUACCACUCAGUCAAGCUGCAAUCAAUAUAGGAGGCCGGGAUUCCUCCGAAGUGGAGGAGACACUCAAGAAAAUCAAGGAUUUUGCUGCUCCUGUUUGCAAUAUGUGA